AUGCCGGCCCUGUUGGAGGACCCUGAAUCCCCUGUAAUCUAUCGGGCCUCUGGACAGGGUCCGUACCCGACCCCCGACAAUCCGCAAAUACCUUCGUCAAUUUUCCCCAGGCCCGUCACGCUUCGAGACCGUGUGACUGUUGCGACGCUGAUUCCAUUCUUUUCGCCUGAUGCCGUUCCAAAGAGACUGCUGGCAUACCUGUCAGAACAGCUCAACAAGGAAAUCGAGGGUGGCGACACGUACCCCAUGCUCAAUCCGCUGCCCCUGGAAACCUUUGGGCCCUAUUGGUUUGGUAAUUUUGGUACUGUCAUGGUCCUUGGAGACAUUGGAGGCAUUGAAGCCGUAAACGACAUGGAUCGCGAUGGCGUCGACUGGAACAAAAAGUGCCUGGGCAGCUUUUACAUCAAGCCCAAUUACCCUGGUCGGAGCAGUCAUGUCUGCAAUGGUGGGUUUUUAGUCACUCCAGCAGCUCGUAACAAAGGCGUCGGAAAGUCAAUGGGACAAUGCUAUCUCGAUUGGGCCCCUCAGCUGGGAUAUACCUAUUCGGUGUUCAACUUGGUGUACGAAACCAAUACUGCUUCAACCAAGAUAUGGGACUCUCUUGGCUUCAAGAGGAUUGGCAGAGUGCCCGGCUGUGGCAUAUUAAAAUCCUCCGAGGAACCCGUUGAUGCAAUCAUCUAUGGCAAGGACCUGAAAGCAGAGGGCGAGAAUGACAUCUCAGAGGAACGCUUUGAUAAAAUACGAUACUAUCUAAGACACCAACUCUACCCGCAAGGGGCCGACAGAUCGGAGAAAAGCCGGCUAAGGAGUGCCGCCACUCACUACAAGCUGGUCGCCGACGGAGAUGGAGGCCCAGAGAGGUUGUUUUUGAAGGAUAAGGAGGUUAUCUCCGACCCCCAAGCACAAUACGACAUCGCCAAAAAGAUUCAUCUCCAGGUGCAUGCAGGCAUCAACAAGACUACCGCCAUGAUAGCGACUCAGUAUCAUUGGAUCCGGAUCAAAGAAACUGUGAGUCACGUGAUCAAGAACUGUCCUGAGUGCAAAGACGUCAAUAAACCGCCCAUAAUACGCUCGGAGAAUCGACCUGGCCGGAGCAAGACAAUUGACGAGGUUCCCCCUGGUCUAUCGUCUCUGCAGACAGGAGCAGCCCCAACGGCACCAGCAACAACGGCGCCACCCGCACCGCCGGUGCAGCCCGGACAGCCCACACAAAUCAUAGGCGAGGUGCAAACCGUGCCACCGCAGGACCAUGAAAUCGCGCCGAGUCACAUAGCCGAUCACAUUCCUGAUCACAGUUUCGCGUCGAUACAGCAACCCAUGGAUCUGUCCAACGACCAUGAUCAUCUUGUCAAUGACCCAGAUGACCAUCUUCAUGCAUAUGACGAGAUGGCCAUCGACCCGCAGAUCAUGGAACAGAUACAAGCUCAACUUGAUGCCGACUACGAUCCUAACAACCAUACAUAUGUCACCCCCGGAUUACCCACCUUCACGGACACUUCUCAUCUGCAAUCUCCUCACGAUCCGCGCGACUUCAAUCACGCACCCUCUGAUCAUCAUUUCAUUCGGGAUCCCAAUCAACCAAUCCUGGGACACGACCAUGUCAUGGACGAGGGUGGCGCAGGCGCAGGAUUGAAUAGUAUGCAGCCCAUGCAACACGUAUUACAAAUGGACUAUAUGAACCCGCAGGAUGAGCAACAAUACAAGCUUGAGGAACAAUUCAAACUUGAGCGGUAA